GAUGAGUUUUAGAACAGCCGAAGAUUCGUUAAUGUUCACACGUGAUCCGUGAUCUGUUGCAAAAGACGUCGCGAAAGGUUUAAAUUCGAUCGUCACGUCUUAGCAACAUGAUUUCUGUACUUCUUGUCUGCAGAACAUUGAAGAAUCAUGUAAACAAUCAACUCCGACAGUCGCUACGCGUCGCUGGAUUCUCUUCGAAGAAAACAGAGCCACCCCCUAUACCUAGGAAUCUAUUACAGGAUUUACAUACAGCAUCCCAGCAGAAAGAAUGCGGCGUGAUGUAUGAUAAAAAACCCUUCAAGGUUCGUUGCGAGGCUGGAAAACGCUACUCAUGGUGUUUGUGUGGAAAGAGCAGGAAUCAGCCAUUCUGUGAUGGCACGCACAGAGAUGUGUUUCUAAAAAUCAAACUCAGACCAGUUCACUUUGCUGUUGAAGAGACCAAAGAUUACUGGUUGUGUAAUUGUAAACAAACAUCCAAUAGACCAUUCUGUGACGGAACACACAAAAAACCUGAAAUUCAAGAGGCUGUCAAGUCUUAACAUUUUGCUGUUGCCAUUGAUUCAUCAUCCAAUAGUAAUACUCCGAGGAGAUGCUAAGGUAAUGCAACAAAUUUUCAUUCAACAGCUACAUGAUAUCUCUCACCAGAAUUCAUGUUAGUUAGUAAAUCUUUUUAUGCUGUAUGUGAAGUUAAUAAAUUCUUCAACUGCACUUGCCCCUA